AUGGGUCUCGGUGCGGCCUUUGUCGGAACGGCUACCACUACGUUUGACCACUAUGGUGUCAUCGGUACCGCAUGGAGAACUUCGGCGGAGCUACGAACAUCCUCUAACCGACUUGAUCUUCACGGUGGAGGACAUUCGUCAACGCUCGCACAAGAUCAAGCCAUUCUGCGCUUUGGGGCAAGUUUACCGCCCCGCGCUGAGAACAUAUUAUGGAUGCGGGGUUUACAACGUCCCAGUCGCUUUUUUAAGCGCCAGCCAAUUAAUGAUCCAUUCUUCUAUACUAACUAA